AUGACGACUACAAUAAUUAUAGAUGUGCAUAACAGAUGCAGACAUAGAAAAUGUAAAUGUAGAGGGGGUAAAGGAGGUAAUAUCUCCAUAAGAACCGGAGCUUUAGGGGAGCAUAAAGGUUUUGGAUAUUCUACUCAUGAAGUUCGCAAGAAAACUUUAAAGAUCUCUAAAGUCACUUGGACCAAUAUUCCACUUGAGAGAAAAGGAUUUGUCCAUGCAUUUGAGGACCUAACAUCUGUUACAGUAUACUAUCACAAUGUUUAUGAUGGUAAAGAUGAUUCAAUCAAGAAGCCUCUCCUCAUUAGGGUAAAAGAGGCUAACAAUGGAACACAUUGGUAUGAAAAUGUUGGAACUUAUGAUAACAGAAGAUGGUGGAUGAUUGACCAGGAAGCAAAAUCGGGUAGUUAUCCAAAUAGAGAUGAAUACAAUUCAUGUUCUCAAUUUGAGAAUAAGUUGAAAUCAGUUGCAUGUAGACUACAUGGGCUCCAUGGGAUAAAUAUAGGCUCCAUGUUCCAUGUGCAACAAAUCAAGUGCUUAAUAUGUAGUGAAUCCAGCAAUAUAAAGUUCAAGAAUGGAGAUAUUGAUAAGAUAUCUGACUAUGUAAAGCACGAAUAUAGCGGUACUUUUUCAGGAAAGUCUGUUCUUCUCCAUAAUGGGAAUCAGGUUAUGUACAGGAUGAUCUCACCACUGAGAAAAGGUUACUAUGUCCAGUUUCAGCUUGAUGAUAGUAAUGUCCAGAAAGUAUCAGUAUACUAUUGGGAUGGUGACACGGAGCGGAAUAAUCCACUCUUAAUAGAAAUAGAACUUCAAAAUGGGUUUUACGUGUGGCUUGAGAAUAUCAGCAAAUAUAAACAAGAUGGAAAGGUUAUACAUGAUAAAUGGAAGGUGUUGGGAAAAGACGAAACAAGCAAGCUAAACAUAAAAGGUUCAUAUCUCAAGGAAAAACUUGAUGUUCUCAGUUGUGUAUAUAAUGGAGUUGUUAAAAUUAAAGUUGGAGAAACAGUUUGCCAUACUAACAACCAUUACCUACACCAGAAUAGGAUUAAAAAUCUUUAUAAUGAAUUUAAGGGUACGGAUCCAGUUUUAUAUUCCUACAAGUAUUGGAGUUCUGUGAGCUUAAAUGCCCCUUUAAAUAUAUCAGAGGUUUAUAUUGAGGGUAAAAAACAGGAUUUUCCAAAGGGGGAUAUACCAUUUAAAGAUGUUAAGAUGUUUGUUGCAUAUGUAUCUCCAUGUGACAAGGAUAAUCCAUUUCUAAUUUGUGUAGAAUACGGAAACGUGCCUGAGAAAUAUAAGUGGUACUAUAAAAUAAUAUCGGGAACUACUUGGCAAGAAUACCCUGAAUUAUAUAAAAAACCCCCUGGUGGUACACAGACAAAAAUUUCAAAGCUUUUUAUGACUGUUAAAGGUAAACUAGGAUUCAAGGACUGCAAUGUUGCCACCACUGCAUAUGCUAUUAAGCUUAACCCUAAUGAGAAGGUUGAGAAAGGAAAAUCUCACACAUACUGGGAUGCUUCUACAGGAACAAGUAAGAUUCCAAUUACCAUUACAAAGGAGGAAAAUGAACCCCUACUUGGUUUCUUCAAGAAUACUCAUAGGGUAAAUAGUAAAAGUGGAACCUUUGUUCUGAGUAAUCAGUUGCAAGACCAACGUACGAUAGUAGGAUUUGGAUCAAAGGCACAAAGUGUAAAAAAUGUUUUGGUAUAUUUCUGGGAAGGUGAUACUAAAGAACCAAUCUUGCUCGGAAUUAAAAAGGAUGAUCCUGGAGAUGAACCUACAUUAUAUGGGAAAGGUACAGGGCAUAAUCCAACUUGGAUGAAGGGUUGGGUUGGUGGUAUGAAUAUAUUACAAGCCCUAGAUAAUCAAAACUGCAGCAACAACAAUGCUAUUCCUAUAGACCUUAAGGAGCCUAAAAAUCUUACAAGGUUUAUGUACAGUCAAAAUUCUGGUUGUCUCAAGAAUAAAACUGUAGUUCAAUCCAACCAUAGCCUUAAACUUCCACAGGGAGCUAAUAGAGUUUAUAUUGGACAGGGAUAUACAAUUAAUGAUGGUGCAAAAAUUUCUAGGGUUACUUACAACGGUAAGCCUACUGAUAUUAUUCCUCCAUAUGAUGAAAAUGCUCCUAUUGUGAAUCUUUACUACUGGACCAAAGAUCUUGAGGUGCCCCUCCUUGUUGAGUUUAUUAAGACCGAUGGAUCAGACUGGUAUGAGAAUCUUGGCAAAGAGAGUACAAAAUGGAGAAAGAUUGUCAAUGGAGAUGAAGAAUUUUAUACUCAAAACGAUCCAAGUAAUAAAACCUUGCAGGAGGCCCUAACAACAAAGUUGAAUGAGGUUAAUUGCAGAGUUCACAACGUUUUUCAGAUAGAUCUUUCAUAUACUGGUUCAAAAUACUGCCAUAUUAAAUGUCCUUCAGGUAAGGUAAAGGUUGAUAUCUCUGAAGAAAAUAUCGAUGAAUACAACAUUUAUGAACAUGAAUCAGUAGAAGCGAGUAAACCACUGAUACUUUCCUCCAUUUUGCAUUACGGUAAGGAACAACAUCUUGGAAAUUUUAGUAUACCUAAAGAGAUUUCAAAGGUAGCAGUCUACUUUCCGGACUGUAACUUAUUUUUUCCAGUUGCCAUAAAAAUUAAACCGAAUAAAGGAGAUGAUAUAUGGCUUAAGAGAAAGUCUCCAAAUAAUGAAGAAUGGGAGGAAGUUACCGAUAACUUUAAUGGAGUUAAAGAUAACAAGGAAGAAAUGAAGGAGCUUUUAGAUGUGAUAAAAACACAUACGAGUGCAUGUAGUCAACAAAAUAGACCACUCGCCCAGUCAUAUCCAGGAAUGCUUACUCAAAAACGACAUGAUACUGGAGAUAAUCGACCACCGGGGCAGAUAACUACUUUAAACCAGGAUAGUGGUAGAGAUGACAAAUUUGAUCUUGAGGAAAUUGUUUCUGAGUCUAAUAUAAUGGAAAAGGGAGAAAAAAAAGAAAAUGGUGAUUAUGAUGACUAUUUAACGCUAGAUGAAGAAAUGGGUGAAGAUUUAGUAAAGGAACAUACUAAUCACACUCUGUCAAAUCUUAUUCAUGGCAUUUAUGCUCCAACUACAGACAUCACUCAAACCUCCAUAAAAUCUAAAGUUACUAUUGACAUAGGGCAGAAUACUGGACAUAAGGACACUACUAAACUGUAUACUGUGGGUUCCAGAAAAGUUAAGUUAGAGAGGAAGGAAGAACCAGAUAAUUCUGGAUUUUAUAUGUUCACACAUGAAUUGCCUAAUAGGGACUCUUUUGAGGUUGAAGAAGUUAGGUAUAAUGAUAGGGAGAUUCCGGGAAUAAUACCAACUCAAUCCAUUUUCAGCUAUUCUGUAUGGUACUGGACUGGGGAUGGUAAUAAUAGUCAGCCUCUUUUUAUAGAAAUUGAGAAAGAAAAUGCUGAUUUUGUUUAUUAUAUUAGAAAUGGAACUGAUGUGUUGAGUUGGACUGUUCCAUCUGUAAAAUCGACCUCGUCUUCUGACCCACUGGAAGAAGAGGAGCUUGAGCAAACACUGGACAACCUUAACUGCAAGCUCAACCGAGCUAUCGCCAUUGAUCUAUCUUACAAGAAUUCUGACCAUCUUUCUAAGAAGCGUGAUAGCGGUGAUAACAAGUACUGUUGUAAAAAACAUACCAGCGAUAAAUAUAAGGUUUCAGUUACAAAGGAAUCGGUUCAAGUUAAGACUAAGACCACAACUCCCAUUCCAUGCUAUAAACAUCAUAUUGGUUCUGGAGAUAAACUUGCUAAGAUCAAGUACUAUCCAAAAGACUCUUCUGGCGGUGAUGGUAGGAAAAGAAUAACUGCCAAAGAACUAGAAUUUUAUAUCGAUGGUUCUCUCAGUGUAUAUGUUUUUUAUUGCAAAGAGAAGCCUGUUCUCAUAUACAUGGACUCUACCACAAAAUCUUCAGCAAAAGGAUGGUACAAAAAAGAUGCUGAAGGUAUUCCAUGGAAAAGGGUAUUAAUUCAACUCAGUAGUACGACACCUGAUAACAUUAAAGAAUGUGGUACUCAGUUUAACAAACUUGUGAAUAUACUAAAUUCAUUUGGAUGUAGCGGUUAUCAAGAUUGCUCUGAUAUCCCUAGUUCAUCACCACAGACUAAAGUAUCAACGCAAAUAGAUCAUGGAGUAAUCAUUGAGCUAAAGCACAAGCCAGGUGCUAAUCCUAUAUAUCAAGGAGGUACUAGUGUUACCAUUACUGUUACAGAAACUACACAAGGGUUUGACUUCUUAAAGUUGAUUCAUACCCCUAAUGGAGGAUCAUUCAAACUGAAAGAAGUAAAAGACGAUGAAGGUGAUCCCAUAAAUGGAGUUCAAGGCGAUAAUGUAGGCUUAAUAGCGGCCCAUUAUUGGAAAAAUAAAACUGGAAAUCCACUAUUGAUUGAGGUGCAAGAUAAUGGAAAUUAUACUUAUUAUGCUAGAGAUAAAAUAGAAGGAUGGACAGAAUAUAAGAAUCCUAAAGGAUAUGGAGAGGCACUUUCCCAAGAGUCACUGACCCAUAAGCUCAUCUUGCUAAAUUGUGAGAUUAACGAUGUAGUUCAAAUAGACGUUACCAGGCUUUCUGGAGAGUAUUGCCACGAUAACGAAUAUCCUCUAAAUUCUCAUACUAAGAAGAAAGUUAAGGUUACUGAGACCGGACAAGGUUAUCUUGGAAACUACACUGCUUAUGAACAUACUCCAAAAGACUCUGGAGGACCGUUCAACAUCUCUGGUUUCACAAAUGAAAGAACUCCUAUAAAACUUGAGAAUUUGCAACUCCCCCUUAAAACAAAUAGAGUACUUGUUUACUUCUGCAAAAGUGAAGUUAGUGCUAGAACUACUAAUCCUCUUCUCAUUUAUGUACCGAAUGCUGGUCAGGAAAAGCAGUGGUUCCAAAAGCCAAUUCAGGAAGAUACAUGGACACCUGUUUCCAAUGGUUUGACUGAUGAUUCUCAUACUCAGGCUAUAGUUAACUUCUUGGAUUCUCUAGAGAGCUUUUGUAAACCACCGGAAGUAACUAUAGAUAUUUAUCAGAGAGGGUAUCCAAAUUAUCAUAACUUUAUUUACCAAGAUGGUGUAUAUCCGUAUACGAAUAUAGCGGUUAGACCAAAAACUCUAAAUAAUGCAAAAGAAUUCACCGAAUAUAUUCAUAAUAUUACAAACUGGUAUACGUACUUCACCGUUAAUGAUUUUAAAUAUAAUGGGAAGUCUAUUAAAAAUGGAUUUAAUAAACCUGCGAAUACUAUAGUUGAAGUAUCAGUAUUCUACUACAGACCUUUAGAUAUGCAUCCUAAGAAAAAUGACGAGAGAGGCAGACCCCUUAUCGUCAAGAUUGUCACAAUAGAGCCUAUUUCAAAGGCAAGGAAGUCAUUCUACUAUGAAAAUAGAGGUGAUCCUGAAAAUACUACAUGGAAAGAAUGGAAUCCUACAUCAAAUCCUCUAGAUGCAGAUACUCUCCAAAGUAAACUCCGCCUCUUAAAUUGCAGUCUUAAUCAUGCAGUCGUUAUAGAUAUUGGUCAGAAGCCACCUGGUAUUUUUGGCGAAUACAAAACCUAUGAUGUUUGUGAUAAUGAUAAGAAGACUUUGGAUAAUAAUCAUGGUGAUAUAAUGCAAGUUUACAAAGAUACUCCUGGUGGUAAAUUUCUAUCAUAUUAUGAUUCUUAUGCUCACACUCUCAAUAGUGCCACAUCUGAUACAAACUUUCAUGUAGUAGGAUUUCAGAAUGGUAACGCUCCUAUAACUAUUGGGUCAACUACUAUUUCUUCGCCCAUUCUUGGUGUGGAAGAACUAAGAGUAUACAGGUGUAAUAGUGAUAAUAAGUCCCUACUCUUGUACUACAAGACUAACGAAGCCACCCAGUACUGGUACAAAAAUAAUAACCCUGAUGAUAAAAACGGUCUAUGGGAAGUUGUAACAGGAUCUAUACGGAGUGAUACCUCCUAUAACUCUAUCCUCACUGUACUGGACAAACUCACUAGCAAAUGUCAGCCACCCAAGGUAACCAUUGAUAUAUCACAGGAUAGUUCCACAGGAUAUACAAGUCCUAAUAGUACUCCACCUAAUGAACAGAUAACUGUUGCUAAGACCGAAGGCUCAGGUACUGGUGACCCUCCCUCCAAUUAUGACCUCUAUGAGCACAAAGUAGCUAGUAGACCUAUGAGUUACUUUACGCUAGAGAAACUUGUUUAUGGAGCGGGAGAUAUUAGUGUGGAUGGCAAACCUAUAGAUCCUCCCGUGAAAAACAUCACCUCAGUCUCCGUAUACUAUUGGUCUCACCUUCCUAAUGGAAAGCCUCUUCUUAUGAAGAUUACAACUACUAGAAGUCAGAGUAAACCUACUGAUGUUGGUGCUAAGAAUGUUACUUGGUAUGAAAAUGAGGGUACUGAUGGAGAUAAUAAGAAAUGGAAGAAAAUUACUCAGCCCGAUCCCCAGUAUCAACUCUCUAUUGAUCCUAAUAUCCUUAGGACAAAACUCUAUUUUCUUAAUUGUAGACUAAAUAAUGUGGUUUUCAUAGAUGUUAGCAAGGUACCAGGGGAUAAAUAUGGUGAAGAGAGGGAAUACGACUCUUGUAAUGAUUCCAAUAACUUGGAUAGUUCUCAUGGUUCUAGGAUGAAUGUUAAAAAUAUUACCCCAGAGAAUAGUAAACUUGCACCUUAUUAUGUCUAUGAACAUACUCUGAAAGAUUCUGGAAAUGGGGAUAAGUUUCAUAUUGUUGGAUUUGAAGGAACUAAUAGAGGCUCAUCAAUAACCGCUUUUGGUGAUAAGGGUAGAGAGGAUAACCCUCUAAAGAAUGUCCAGAAACUAAUAAUUUAUGUUUGUCAGGAAGAACUCACAAAACCUCUUCUCAUAUACUACACUACUGAUGGUGAUAAUCAUAACUGGUACAAGAACAAUAGCCCCGAUACUGAUAAUGGUGACCAAUGGACUAAUACGGAUAACAACAAUUUAUCUACUAAUGAUAACCCCAGUCAAUAUGACAAGAUCAUAAAAGUACUCAGCAGUCUUGAAAGUAGUUGUAACGUUGCUCAAGCUCGACAAGAAGCUGCUGCUCGAGGCUCAGACCCUCCUGGUGGAAAUUCUCAUGGAGGCUCUAAAACUGACCCUAAUGGUUGGGUUAAACCUACUUCCUAUGUCCUAACUGGAGUUGGUGUUGUUUCUGGUUCUCUUACUGGACUUGGUUGGUGGGCAUUUAAACGUUCUAAAGGAGACCCUUGGGUACGACAGAUUUAG